AUGACAAGCCCACCAAAAAGAAAGCCAAGCCAGUUGUGGCAAGAAGAAAAAUCAAAGGCUGAUGACGUGAGACGAAGAGAUGACUCAGAAGAAGAGGACUCAGAGGAUGAUGAUGACAAGCCCACCAAAAAGAAAGCCAAGCCAGUUGCUGCGAAGAAGAAAGCAAGGGUUGAAGACGACGACGACGAAGAAGAGGAAUCAGAAGAAGAGGAAUCAGACGAUGAGGACGACAAGCCCACCAAAAAGAAACCAGUUGCUGUGAAGAAGAAAGCAAAGGUUGACGACGAUGAUGACUCAGAAGAAGAGGACUCAGACGAUGAGGAUGGCAAGCCCGCCAAAAAGAAAACCAAGCCAGUUGCUGCAAAGAAGAAAGCAAAGGUUGACGAAGAAGAUGAUGAUGAUGAUGAUGAUGAAGAGGAAUCGGAAGAAGAAGAAUCAGAUGAUGAGGAUGAGAAUCCCACCAAAAAGAAAGCAAAGCCAGUGGGUGUGAAGAAGAAUGCAAAGGUUGAUGACGAUGACGAAGAAGAAGAGGACGACUCGGAGAAAGAGGAUGCAAGUGAAACUGAUGACGACUCUGAAGGCAGAGUACCCCCUCCACCGCCACCACCUCCACCAGUGGCUAAAAAUGAGGUUGACGAUGAAGACAGUGAGGAAGGUCUUGAGGAUGAAGAUGUUACAUUGGGCACUCCCAAGCAAGAUGACAAACCGAAGUGGGAAGUAGAAUAUUCAGACGAUGAUGAAUCGGAGAGUGCAAGUGCCGAGGUCACCAGUGACACACACCCCAAUCAGCAAGCUCGUCGUGUCCAACCAACAACGGCUCAGGACACUGAUGGUGGGCACCCUGAGGACAAGUCGAAGUGGGAAGUUGAGUAUUCGGACGAUGAGUCAGAGAGUGCAGACCCCGUGGUCACAAAUGAUACAGUCGCUAAACCGCAAGCUCUGGGUCCGGAAACUGACGGUGGUGACCCUCCGAGUAAACCGUCGUGGGACGUCGAGUACUCAGAUGACGAGGACGACGAGGGGGGCUCGAAGGAUGUUGCGGAUGCCGAAGGCGAUGGACAAGCGGCUGAGAAAUCGGGGAACGAAGGUGGCGAAUCCUCUGAAACUAAGAAAGCUCCGGGGAGCUGGGAGGUUCAGUAUUCUGACGACGAAGAGGAAGACGAGGGAACUACGCAGGGAAAGGGUCUGGUGUCUCAAAAAGAUGAAAACACAACAAAAGCAGAUAGAGAUUCGGAUCAGGUGGAUCAAAGCAGUGACCAAAGCAUCCAAGCCGAAAAUGGCACAAAGAGCGCUACAGCAAAAGAAGAUGAUUCUACUGCAGAGGAGUCUCAGGACGAUGAUUCCUGCGACGGAGCGCCAAGUGCGCGAACGCUAGAUCAAAACAACGAUGCCGAAAUGGAGGGUAUCGUUCAUCGGAAUAUUCGGUUUAAGAAAUCAAGUGGGUGCAUCACCCUAUCAAAGACUGAGCUGUGCUUCCAGCCGGAGGACGCUCCUCAAGCGGAUGUACUUCGUGUAUCAUAUGACAACAUAUCGAAGCAACAGGCCAGCCCUCCCGCACAUCCGAAGUCGCUUCUGAAAUUAGUUUUGUCGGACGGCGGGCAAGGUUUAACGUUUGAACUUUCGGGUAGGGCUGCUCUUGAGGGACUACGAAAGGACAUCGCGGACAAGAAGGAGAGCGACACAAAGGCCGAUGCAAAAGACUCGACAAACGAUCACGCGGCGGCGUCUCCAGACCAAAAGUCCUCGGAACCUACGGCAAUCAACGAUUCUGAUGCAUAUGCCAUUAUCGAGCACGUGGAGCUGAAGGGUAUAAGCGGGUCGCUGCUCCUGAUGGAUGAACAGAUAAAGUUCAAGCCAAAAGAAAGCAACAACUCCGAAGGCCGAUACGAUUCCAUUCUCUGGAGUGAUAUAUUGAAACAACAGGGCACGCCUGCGAAAAGCUCCAAAGCGAUGAUGAAGGUCUCGCUCCAAAACGGGCAGUCGCUAACGAUUUCCUUUCGCGAAAGACCUUCCAUGGAAAAGCUACAAAAGGAGAUUGCCAAGAAACGUCGCUCCGGCGGGAAGGAAGACAAGGGCGGCAGCGAUCGAGGGAAGGAAGACGGCAACGAUAGAGGGACCGACGUUGAAAAGCAGGCAAACGUGGAAGCAUCUGCAAUCUCUUUCUUUCCGAGGGUUGCAUAUCAAACUGAAACUGGAUCUAUCAGCUUGUUUGAUAAACAUUUCUUGUACUCCUCGAAUGAAGCGGAAGGAACAAAGAUAUCAGUAAACUGGGUCGAGUUGGCCAAGUUUCAAGCCAGUCCACCAGCGCACCCAAAGGCCAUGCUUAAAGUCACGCUCAAAAGUGAAAAGAAGCUGACUUUCCAGCUUGAAAACUCCGACGAGUUGGUAAGGCUCAAGAGUGAUUUGGCUAAGCUCUGGAACCAUGGAAAGGGAAACGCAUCCACGGCUUCGGGAAGUCCACAAGAGACCCCCCUUGCUGUGUUCGAGAAAGUUAGUGUUCGGGAAUCUGUUGGCCAACUCUCCCUUACGAGUGCUGGAUUAGACUUUCAAGCAAGCGGCACAGACAACCCAGAAAACUUUCAUGUGCCCUGGAAGUUAAUUGAAAAGCAACAAGCAAGUCCACCAUCACACCCUGUUUCAAUGCUCAAACUCGUCCUUUCUGAGGGCAAACCAAUCAAAUUGAACCUAGAGAGCCGACCGGUUCUGAUGCAGUUGAGAGACGCUAUUGCCACGGAGGGUAAAAACCUUAGCGCAAGCUCAAAUGGCCUGGACUCAAAGAAAAUUGGCCUGAAGUCAUCAGCAACCCAAGGAGACUCUAACGGGGCUGUCUAUGGUGGCGUCAAGUUCAAGUCCAGAUCUGGAUCGCUACGUUUGAGUGACACGCAUCUUCUUUUUGAACCGGAUAACAAUGGGGAGAGCACUGGGGCUGAUUCUGUUGAAUGGGAAAAGGUUACCAAAACUCAAGCAACCCCUGCAAGCAGCGCAAAGUCGAUGAUGAAAGUAAUGCUGAAGGAUGGAAAGGCUCUGACAUUUCAGUUGGAAGAGAGAGAAACAAUGAUGGAACUACAGAAAGACAUCAACCAACGGCGGCGUUCUCCACCAGCAACCCAAUCUCAACGAUCUGUUUCACCGAGUCGAACGAAAGGCCGGCAGAGUGAAGUCCUCUCUAAGGUCAACGAAGACGCAGCUGACAGUACCGUGUAUGAUGAUGUCCAACACAAGUCCAAAACUGGUUCCCUGCGGUUGACCAACAAAGAGCUCGUCUUUGAGCCGAACGGGGACGGUGAAGGUGCUAAACCUGUUGGCUGGGACAAGGUUGCGCGAACCCAAGGAACGCCUGCAAGUAGCGCCAAGGUCAUGUUGAAAGUGGUGAUGACCGAUGGUGAUGCGCUUGCAUUUCAGUUGAAAGACAGACCAGUUCUUGUAAAGCUGCAAAAGGACAUUCAGCAGCGAAGGUAUGUGGCAGCCCAGGCGGCCAAAGGAGGCUCCGCCGAGAAGGAGUACAAGUCCGUGCGUAGUGGGACAUCCGUUGGUACCCUUCAGUUGACGAAGGAUCAACUUGUGUUUGUACCCGAUGAUCAAGGGGGCGAGCAAAAGACGGUGGCUUGGCGUGACGUUGCGAAGCAACAAUCAAGCCCCAAGUUCAGUCCCAAGGCCAUGCUGAAGCUUCAAAUGGGAGAUGGUACAAGUGUCACUUUCCAGCUCAAUACGCGUGAAGACCUGGAUGAAAUCAACGACAUUGUCAAGAAACACCUUUCAGCCAACAAGUCCGCAGCAAGAACAGAGCCGGCCACAAUGAGCGACAAGGUUUACACAAAAUCGUACGAUGUGGAAGGCUCCGAAUUGGACCGGCUGAAAGCUCUGAAGGACGCCAAGAAGAGGCGUCAAAGCAAAAAGGCAUGGCCGCCACCGUCGUCAUGAAGUUGACACGCUGCUCUCACUUCGUGUGUUCCCACGGCUCAACCCAACUGGAACCAGCCAGAUCCAAGGGUACUAGGUAUGCACUAUCCCGAACAAGAAGGCCAAGGAGGAAUGUCUCUCGUUGCACAAAUUGAUCGAGUUGGAAGAUUCACUUCCAACGGUAUCUAUAGCGUCGUCUGAUGUUAUGAGCUACCAGACCAGACAACCAAGCUCACGACAACACUCUCCCCCCUUUUGACCAGCACAAUGAUAUGAAUUUAUGCUAUCCAGGAGGCAAGAAAGUGGGAACGUAGAUGACACCAGGGAAACAAAUCGUUACAGGCAAAUCGACGCUUCCUUUAGACACUUCCUUAUUGGCUCUAAUUUAGUUAGGUGUAGAGAAGCCUUCGGAUAUUUAUUGUAGAAAGAUUAAUCAUUCAAUAGGCUGUACGCACGAU